AGGCAUUCAUCCCCUGGGAGCACCGCUCACUAAAAGAAUUAUCCACAUUUAGGCCAAUGAAUCUUAAUGUUAAGGUUCAUGUUGUUUUUGGAUAUUUCAAUAUUGCUUGAAUGUAUAAAUCUUCAACGUGUAGCGCCACCUGCGAGACAAGUUCAAGGUAAAACAGCGUUCUGGUGACAGUGGGCUGGCCUGUGAUUUCUUUACGCAGCUGAAGUUGACAGGCAGUUUUGUUGGCCUGUAUCAGGCCUGCUAUCUGAAAUUAGCCGCACCAAAAACCGCAGGAGUCGGCGGUGGAGAAUUAAAGCUCUAUCUGUGAAUGCCAGCGAGUUUUUGUGUUACUUUGACACAUGCAGGUUUGUAAUCCACUGCACACUGGAACAGUAAGUCAGUGGGCCAGUGAUGCUUUGAGGUAACAAUGGAGACCACAGACCAUGGCACUGAGGGCGACCCUCUGAAGAGGGGAGAAGAUGGUGCAGAGGCAGGAACAGCACCAUCAGCAACUGAGGUGAGGAAGAAGAACUGUAAGGAAUUGAGUUUUGCCAAACUGACCCACUGGCGAACUGCAGUCUUCUUCCUCUCCUUGUUCCUUUGCCUCACCAUCGUGUUUGCCUUCUCCUUCAUCAUCCCCUGUCCUGUGAGACCACAAUAUCUCAGUACCUGGAACAGGACGUUCCCUGAAGCAGCAACCUAUAACUUCUUAGCUUUUGAACAUGCAAAUGAAGACAAGGUGAUGGAUAUCCUGUUUGUCCUCAAAAACACAAAAGGCACUCAGAACACAUCAUGUGCUGAUGAAGGUCUGCCCUCGCCAUGUUUGUUUGUGUUGGCAGUGGAUGGCACACAUGGAGAGAACCUGUGGGAACAUCCGCUGCAUCCCGAGUUCCACUGGGCCCAGUGUGGUCUGGACAGAAAAACAGGCAGAACCUGGGACUGUCUGCUGUCCCAUUCUGACAACCUCACAGCCAUUGACAAGCACACCGGUAAUGAAAUCUGGAAACAGCCUCAGCCUACUGGGCUGCACAGCUCUGCACCUGUUCUCAGUGUCCCAGAUCUGGAUGGGGACAAAGUUGAUGAUGUGGCUCUGGUGGCAUCUGACAACACACAGACUCAGCUGGUAUUCCUCUCAGGGAAGACGGGUGUCCAGAUUGGUACUACAGUGGUUCUUGAUUCCACAGAGACAGCCAAUCAUCUUCUCCACUGCACUGCGACAGGUUCUCACUACGUACUACUACAAAAAGACACUGGCUUGUAUGGAUGGGCACUGUGGAAAAUUGCUGCCAAGGCUAAAGCAGGGAUGGAGGUGGGUCUCAAGAAGGACAAACACUUGGAGAGAAAUCUCAAUGGCACAGCCGGCCUUGUUCCCAUCUACGAGUCUGAAGCAGUGAGUCGAGUGCUCAGAACGGAUGAAACAGAUGAUUCAUCCAACCUGUUGGUUGUUGCUGGAAAGGAGGUGGCAUUGGUUGAUGGAAAAGCAUUAAAGCUACUGUGGAGAGUCAACACCAGCUCAGUCAUCAGUGAACCCUCUUUUGGUCAUUUUAACAAAGAUGGUUUAUUAGAUGUUGUCAUUGAGGAGGAUAUUGGCAACUACACAAAGAGGAUAAGAAUUCUGGAUGGGAAGUCUGGUAGUGUGCUGUGGGAAGUCCCCCUCUUGGCCAGUCCAAACUCCCCAAGACCCGCUUCAAUCGACACCACCAACUCCUUCUCAGUCUUCAUGUUUUGGGGCUUGAUGCCAUCAGAGUCAAACUCAUCUGAGCCAUUAGCAAGUGACCGACGUUCUUACAUGCUGCAUCCUCUGUACUCUAAUGUUCUCCUCGAGUCCACUAAUAUCAUAGACCACAUUAUAGCAUUUAAAGCCACACUGAUGGAGCGUGGACGCCAUGCUGCCUACAUCCUGCUGAUGGGUCCUGAGGAGGAGGGAGCUGAAGGCACCGUGGUCCUCAGCAAGCGGAAGCUGAAGCAGGACAUUCCCGAUAGCAAAGUGCUCCGUUUUGGCGACGGGACUUCAAAAUCCAACGAGGAGAUUAAAGAGGCCUUUAACCGACUCCGCUUUAGUGAUUGGUGAACGGACCAACUGUAACAUGUGCAGCAUGUCCUCAGUGUUCUGCUGACUUAACUUGACUUUAAAUCCAAAGUGUGUACACUAGUUAUGACUGCUGACCACCAAAGAAAUGAAUUUGUGUUUAGAGGACUUUAGGUUGAUUUGCUUUGACGGGGAUGCCCUUCAGUGGACAAACUGGGCAUUACCUGCCUUUAUACUUCAAAACAGAAUCUUCAUAUUAUCAGAAGUCUAAAUUUGUGUAGUGUCAAAAAAAGCUGCUGUUCACUGACAAUCAUUCUGCUCAGAUUGUUGUUCUCCUGCUGAUAAACCUGCCUUGCUGUUUUGUUUCUAGCACUUCCAUGCAUCAGUGCAGUGCUCUUUUUUUUUCUUUUCUUUUUUUAAAAAAAAAUAUUGUAGAAGCUGGACUGUUCAGAUCUAUGCAACUGUAUGUCACGCUGUGCUUUAAAGGUAGCAGAUGUAUGCCGCUACAGGGAUUUUUCCUGAGUGUUUCAAACAACCUUAGAAGAAUAGGUAUACAGUUAUAGGGCUGGUUUAAGGUUUACACUGAGGGUUUAUUGUUUAGUUUGUAAGAUAUCCUGUUUGUGAACGUAUCGGAAAGGCAGUCUAGCAGUCAACGGUGCUGAUGUUGACAAGCCGUUAUGAUCCCUUAUCGUUACUUAAUCAAACAUGCUGUAAGAUGUAAAGCUGUAACGCACACCGACUACACUCUCACUCAAUGCUGUAUCAAAUAAUAGUUAUUGCUGUGGAUGCACAGCUCCUUAGGAAGCUGUUUUUCCCCUCAGUGAUUUAUAUUAGGUAAGGUUGAUAAUGAGGUUUGUACUUUAGCUGAACAUUGAUGAUUGAUUGAUUGAUUGAUCUAUUAUUGAACCUGUGAAAGAGGUCUUUAUUGGAGAUGACUUGUAAUGAAAUGUUUGGGUUUGAAUAAAUAUUUUUGAAGUAA